AUGCCUACCUCUAACGCCUCAAAUACCUCUUCCCCUGUCAAGCGCCCGGGUCUCGGUCGCCGUGCAGUGUCCUCCCAUGCAGUUGUCACGCGCAGCACCAAUCCUAGUGACCUAUCAUUGUCUCACUCCCAGAAGGCACUUCUACAUCAUAAACCUCACCGCGCCCAUGUUGUUGGUGCUCGCAAUCACCACCGCAACCCGUCUACCAGCAAAAACUUUAACAAACUCCAACGAUUCCAACUAGCUCCCGAGACUGCUGGGCGGCAUCAUCAGCGCAAGAAGUCGGCCCCCGCAACCCCAAUAGCGAGUCCAAGAGAAAGCGGCCACGUUCGCUGGGAUAACGUUGUGGAUGGUCAUACAACUGAUCCUUCCAUGAAGAGAAACUAUUCCACUCCUGUGUUGCGCCGGAAUCCAUCGGCCGUUGGGAAGAAAGCGUUGGUGACUGAGCGGCCAGCCCCUGGCACGGUAAAGAAAAAGACGGUCGGCUUUGAACUGGGGGAUGACGAGACCGAUGAAGCUGAGUGGGAAGAUACCACGCAGUCACCUGAAAGUACGAGGCGCAACUCGGUGGCACCAUCCAAUCCCAGCGCAGACAAUAGCACCGUUCUUGUCGACCACCUUACCUUUGUCAAGCGACCAUAUCCGCAAAUGCCUCGAGCGACCAGUCUCCCCGAGUCGAUCACCACGAAGUUCGUUCGACAGCGUACUGAACUAGAUGAGGAUGAUGAUGAGGAUCAGGAAUCCGAACAGCAGGACUCGGACGAAGAAGCCGACGGGUCUAGUCAGCACACUGAACAGGGAGACAUAGCAAAUCGCCUCCUAAGUCCUACGCACUCAUCCAAAGCGCCCCCUGCCAUGUCCUCUAUCUCGGCUAUGGUAAAGCCAGAAGCCACGAAUCUUAAUCCUGCAUCGCGUAGUAGUGCAUCUCUCAACCUAGCUGCUGGCCAGGACAACGCUCGGCGCACAUUCUCUACAACCAGCAUGGCCAGCAUGCCAGGCUCUCAACCCCAAGCCACCUCAUCCUCCAUGGAAGGUGGAGUCUCGAGGUUCAUUUUGAACAACAAGAAUAGCAUGCAGGCAUCUUCUCGCACCGAUUCAGAUCCAAAUACCCCCUCAUCGUUCCUCCCGCACUACCACCCACAGACGCCGCCCUCUCCGAACACCGCAGCGGCUAAAUUGACCGCGUCUCCUGCCCGGCCGCGUGGUGCUGACCUGCCUUCUCGCACACAACAGAAGCUCUGGCUUCAACGUACUGCCACCCUCAAUAACUCUCCUCCUGAUAACCAUGGAGUGACCGCAGCAGCUCCGCCGUCUGCCAUCGACCCAACGUUUGUUACCGUUAGCCACAGCACUUAUGACGCCGGCAGGGGGGUUAACGGCGACGGUCGGGCGGGCGGUGCAGGACACGACGGUGAAACCCGUCAUAUCCGCAAGGCGUAUGAGAAGACAUCCCUAGAACUGAUGGUCGUACGACGUUUCCAGUCUCCCACCGGCCAGAGCUUCGCCCGUCUUCGUCAUAUUCUCCGAGGCAACAAAGCGGAGCACGGAUCAGCUCUCGGCAAACCAGUCAAAUCAGCAACUUCGCUGCCCCUUCUGCAGCAAGGCAAAGGGCCCAGUCGCCUCAGCUCCAGCCCUGCAUCUAAACCCCGAUUGCGUAAUCCAAACUCCACCGCCUCUGAAGAUCCAGCGACAGACAACGAACCUCUCAAUACCAUAAAGGCUGCCAAGUCCAACGAUCCAUCUCAUCGCACCCUCUCCACUUCAGCCGAAGCUUCGCGUGACAUGAGUGGUGAGAAUGACGAAGGAUUCCAGAUUAACGACAGCGCCAUGCUGAUCCGUCGGAUGUGGGAGAGCCGAGAGGUCGCCAUCCACGGCUAA